CAAUAGUCCUAAUAUGAUCCUUAAGAAUGCAAGGAGAAAAGUCAAAGAUAUGAAUAAAAAGAUUAGACCAGAAAAUUCCUUUAAUUUUCGUACCAAAAACCCAAAUUUUGAAGAGAUAUAUAAUUUCAACCAGAUUCCAAAAACACAGAUAAAUAAGCAUAAAGUUGUUUGUUGAAAUAAUAAACUAAAGAGAAAUAUCAGAGGAACAAAGCUAAAAAACUGAAGCAUGAGAGAUGCAUCUGGCGUAAACUCCAAGUUUCCAUCUACUCGGAAUAAUAAUAAAACUGUACUGACCAGCCAGAACACUUUUUGGAGCCCAAGGAAGGAAAGAGAAACAGUACUGAUGAAGAAAGAGAUACAAAAUUACAGAUUUCCUAGUAAAACUCAUAGCUCAAAGAAUAUUGAUGGCCUAGAUAAAAUCCUUUUCAGAGGAAAUAGGAAUAACCAAGCACAAGCUCCAACCUCUCUGACUAGAAAGAUUCCUGAUGAAACUCAACUAAAUUUUAACCCUCAACUGAAGAAGAGCAAUGAGUCAUUAUAUUUACCUGAUUUGAUGCAGAAAUAAAGAUCCUGUGAUGAAGAAUACCUUAGAUUCCCUAUGUGCAUCUAAGAUGGAAGACUCAAAAGGAGAAUCUUCAAUAAACUGCGAAACUACCAGCGUGAAGCUUGCCAAUCUCACGAUUAUUUCUCCAAUGAUUAAUCUACCAAAGGAAUACAAAAAGCAGCUAGACAAAGACUCUCAGGAGCUGUUCAGAAUAUUCCAUUCAAUUAGCACAUGCUCAAAGGAGACUUCUUUAAUACCUCCAACUGUUGAGCCUCUAGUCGACAUAUCUUACACUCUAGUGAAGAACAUUCGGAUAAAGAAAUCAGAUUUCAAGAACUUCAUAGCCAAACGUUAUACAACUUACAUUGCUGAAAGGCUGAUAAACUUUUUUGACUUCACAAAGGCAUGGUCUUACUAUGACUUUGUCAAUAUAAUGGAGGUCUUGAUCUUCCAAAGCAACGAAAUGUUGUACAAAAUUUGCUUCGAAGCAUUUGAUUACAACAACGAUGGGUACAUCAGCGAGAUAGAUCUCUACCAAACCAUGAGAGAACUCCCCACGGAGAUUUUCAUCUCUGUGCUGAUGGAGGACUUUUUGAAGAUAAUCCGCUGUAUUUUCGAUAAAUAAAAUCAAAAAGGCAACUUUUGAGGAACCAAAUCAUGGUUAUCGAAAACCUUUAAGCAAGAUCCAUGCUAUAAAUACUACUUGCACGGAUACUCUUCUAAACUGGAAUCAAAAUGAAAAGGACGAGUCUUCUUCAAAUUUUCUCCAAUUUUGCUCAAUGAAGUUCUCUCCUAUUGCGAAAAAGCCAAGUGACAGAACAGAAUAUGCUUUUUAUCCUCGAUCAAUCAAGCAGAGCGCUCGAAAGAAGCCUAAACAGAAUGAAGUUUCGUUGAAACUGAACUUAAAUCCUCUUGCAAAUAGAAACAGUAAGAACCUGAACAAGAACGAUCUUCUAUUCAGUUACUGAGAAGCUAAAGAACUGAAUGAGAAGAUCUCUCCAAGUGAGUUUAACUCGAUUAGUUUCAACUCUCUUGUUCCCAGCUUUGCAAUAGAUUUGGUUAAGUACCUCUGAGGGUAUAGUAUAACCAAGCUUUCCUCCUCUUCAAGUGGUGAGUAUCUUAAAGAGCAUAGAAAUGAAAUAGAAUUUGAAAAAAUAAUGAAAAUGAUAAGUAUUAAGAAAGAUAGAAAGAAAUAGUACUUCCUUUUAAUGGUGCUAAAAAUUAUCAAUAUA